AUGGGCCACCAUCACAACCACAACCUUCAUGCAGGCGCGGCUCAGGGCGCGGCCGGUGGUGCCGGUGCGAUUGCAACCACUUCUCGCGUCGGCCUCAUCGACUGCACCACCUGUGAAAGGCUCAUCCACUCGAUACUGCCUCUCGGCUGUUUGGGCCACGACUCGCAACACCACAAUGCGCACCCGCUCCCGCAUGGCUGCCCCGCUCCGAUCUCAGCCAACAGCACCAGCAGCAGCAGCAGCAGCGCGGGUCAUCUUGCCCGCCCUUCGCAACUGGGCGUCGGCGUGGUCUGCUGCGAACAGCCGGCGUGCUUCCCUGCGCCGUCGCUGCCUCAACAAAAUCGACGCUUGCUGGGAUUCCCUCUGACCUCGUCUGCAUCCUCGAGCGUAUCAGCUGCCACAGGCUCGUCCGAAUGUGACGCAACCUGCCUCGAAGGUCCGGGUACGCCAUGGUCGUCGACCUCGGCAUCUUCGUCGGCACUUUUGUUCGACGACUGCGAUCAAUGCCAGGCCGAUCCCACCGCGGCAUCAUCAUCGGCCAACUCGCCCCUCAUCAACUCCUUCUUGCCCGCUCAUCACCUCGACUGCUGUUCCUCUCUACUUGCACCACCACCACCAACCCCGAUCUCGAAUCUGGCUAGCUACUCGUGCUGCAGUUUCGAUGACUGCUUCGGCAUCUCCACGGCCGCAUCUAUCACCCCGACAUCAGACUGCCCCGAUUGCUUCACCCCUCUUGAUCAACAGCCACAAAACCAGCAGCACCACCAAUUGAACCAAGAUGCUAGCAAUUCCAGCUUUCUUGCCGAGCUCAUGAAGGGGCUCGAUGAGCAAGCGAUCCAAGAGAUCGUCAGUCUCCUUCUAGGUCCAAAGUCGGUGAAUUUUCGUGCGCAGCGCUGACAAUCUUUCCACCACAUCCCAUCACAGCUGCAUUGCUGCUGUUGCGCGCCCGAAAUUGAACAGAACCCGGCAGCUUGGGAUGUAUCUCAUCAUGACUCGCACAAGCACGCGGACGUCGAGCCUUCACGCGCCCUCCUCGAACUGAGCAGCACAGCCAAUCAAGACCACCCGUCGCACGAGCACAACCAUCAACAGCACGAGCACGAGCACGGGCAUCCCCAUCAGCAUGGCCCUGCGACCCGCUACGAUUGUGGUUGGCGCGAAUGCAAGGCAUCGUUCGACUCGUACGCGCUGCUGGUUGUUCAUGUCAAUACCUUGCACCUCGCUCCGCCGUCCAUGGCGAGACUCUCGGCGCCGACCGCUCCCCCUUCCUCCGUCUUGCGGCCCAAGGCUCGGGCACAUCGUCACGUUGACCACUCGUCGCACCCAUACAAUCACUGCGCUUCAAAAUCGACUCUUGCGCAUGAAUCAGCCGCCAAGGAGGAAAGUGCCUCGACCCCGGGUUCUCACGCCUGUCGAUGGAAGGAUUGCUCCGCGACUUUCCCUAGCUCGGCUGAACUCAUGUCGCACCUCUCGCUCGCGCACGUCGGCUCGGGCAAGUCGUCCUAUUCGUGCGAAUGGGAAGGCUGCUCACGCAACAAUCAAGGAGGUCGUCAAUUUUCGCAACGACAGAAAGUGAUGCGUCAUUUGCAGACGCACGCGCAGGACAAGCCGUUCGCGUGCAAUUUGUGCGAUCGCAAGUUUUCGGAGGCGCUUUCGUUGGCGCAGCACAAGAGGACUCAUACAGGUAGGUUCAGAGGUUUGUCCCUCUCUAUCUUGUUUCGAGCCUUGCCUUACCCUCUCAUUGCAUACUCAGGUGAACGACCUUACGAAUGCACGUGGGAACGCUGCGACAAAGCCUUUGCUUCCGCGUCGGCCUUGACUAUCCACAUGCGAACCCACACCGGUGAUCGCCCCUUCGUGUGCGAUUUCCCAGGCUGCAAAGCCGCGUUUGCCGAAUCCUCCAAUCUCGCCAAACAUGCUCGAACCCAUCGUGGCGAGAGAUUGCACCAGUGCCCUGAGUGCGAUAAGACUUUUUUGAGGAGCGAUCAGCUCGCGAGGCAUAUGAAGAUUCAUGAGAGGGAGGCGGCUGGUCAGAUCAGUGCUGGGAGUGGGAGUGGGGAGACUUCGGCGCAGAAUUCGGAUGUAGAAAUUUCGUUUGUUUGAGUAAUCCGACCACUGGUGAGGCAGGAUCUGUUCAUCUGCAGUGAGAGCGCGUGUCGUAUGUUUAGCGAGCCGUGUCGUUCGAGAGGAGAGUUCCCUGUGGGUCCGAGCUCAGAUGAUCCCCCACUUUCGAGCUCUCGGGAUCAGCCUUCGUCUCCUUUCUCGCGUUUGAUCAUCACCAGCCCGGCUCGUACUAGCCAAAGAGUGAGCACAGUAGCUUGGACAAACUCUGUAUGCCAUCCACUGACCACAAACAGCCACCCGUCCGCCAGUGGCCGCGCUGAGCACGACGCCGACCUCGGUCGACGAAGCGUACUACGUCCCCAACCUCAUCUCCAACAACAACUCGCUCUAUUAUGUCAAGUCGAGUGAGCGCCUGAGACCACCGCCGGAAUGAAACGACUGACCAAGCGCACACCAGCUAAUCACUCCCUCCGUGACCCUCCCUCCGUGUCUGCUCAGCCUCCGCCUCCAUCUCAGGUGCCACAGCCGGCGUCCUAGGCCUAACCAACACCUUUGGAUUCCUCUUCUACCUCAUCACCUCUACCCUCAUCGGCUCCCUCUUCCUCCUCACGAAAGGCACCGCAGGAGGAAAUGGUUAUUUCCCCGGCGAUCGUGUGUCGGCUUGGAGGACGGUCGUGCUAGGCGGCUUGCUGGAACAUGUGUUUCCUUAUAUCCUGUUUUGGACGCGUGAGUGGAAAGUGUUGACGGCUUGUUGAGAAUGAGUCGGUAGGAACUGAUGCUUGGGGUCCGGGGCGUGGUCUCGUUCUUUCGUCGGAGCAGUGUUUUACGCUCUCGUUCACAGUCAGUUUCCUUCGUCCCGUUCUACGAUGCGGACAACAGCACUCAUCGCCUUUCAUCUCAUCUUCACAGUUUACGACUAG